AGGAGGGGCGGCCGGGUGCCUCGGCCCGGGCGGCGCCUCACCUGCGGCCGGGCUGGCGGGCUGGACUGUGGGGGCCAGCAGAGGACGCCUUUCGGCCGCAGCGGGGAGCGCAGGGCCCGGCUGCGCCGGUCGCUGGGUGGCUGGGGCUCUGACAGCGCGGAGGGCGGAGGAGGCUGGGAGGUGUUACCCGGCCGGGCGGGGUGGAAGUGCCUGGAAAGUUUGUUUUCUGCUCAACUCUGCCUGGAGCCAGUCUCUGCUUACCUUGCGGAGUGUCUGCGGAGGAGCCACUCCAGGCCUUCAUCUGAACCGGGGUCCCGGGAAGCAGAAGUAUGACACCGUUCCUAUCCAGUCCAGCGUGGUGUUAUGUGCCUGCCCAUCCCAAUCAAUGGUGAGGACACAGACCGAGUCUGGCACGGCUCCCAGUGUUCCCAGUGGUGGCAGCAGGCAGGGCCCCACCAUGGAUGGCACCACAGCCGAGUCCCGGCCAAGUGCCAACCCCCUGCAGCAUGCUGCCCAGCCGCCACCACAGCCUCGAAAGAAACGACCUGAAGACUUCAAGUUUGGGAAAAUUCUUGGCGAGGGUUCUUUUUCGACAGUUGUCCUGGCCCGAGAACUAGCCACCUCUCGAGAAUAUGCUAUUAAAAUUCUGGAGAAACGUCAUAUUAUAAAAGAAAACAAGGUCCCGUAUGUAACCAGAGAGCGAGAUGUGAUGUCACGCCUGGAUCACCCUUUCUUCGUUAAGCUUUACUUCACAUUUCAGGAUGAUGAAAAGCUGUACUUUGGCCUUAGCUAUGCCAAAAAUGGGGAAUUACUUAAAUACAUCCGCAAAAUUGGUUCAUUUGAUGAGACCUGCACUCGAUUUUACACAGCUGAGAUUGUGUCUGCUCUUGAGUACCUGCAUGGCAAGGGCAUCAUUCACAGGGAUCUUAAACCAGAAAACAUUUUGUUAAAUGAAGACAUGCACAUCCAGAUCACAGAUUUUGGAACAGCAAAAGUGUUAUCCCCAGAGAGCAAACAAGCCAGGGCCAACUCAUUUGUAGGAACAGCACAAUACGUUUCUCCAGAGCUGCUCACAGAGAAGUCGGCCUGUAAGAGUUCAGACCUUUGGGCUCUUGGAUGUAUAAUAUACCAGCUUGUGGCAGGACUCCCACCAUUCCGAGCCGGAAAUGAGUAUCUUAUAUUUCAGAAGAUCAUUAAGUUGGAAUAUGACUUCCCAGAAAAAUUCUUCCCUAAAGCAAGAGACCUCGUGGAAAAACUCUUGGUUUUAGAUGCCACAAAGCGGUUAGGCUGUGAAGAGAUGGAAGGGUACGAACCUCUCAAGGCUCAUUCAUUCUUUGAAUCCAUCACAUGGGAGAAUCUGCACCAGCAGACACCCCCGAAGCUCACAGCUUACUUACCAGCCAUGUCAGAGGACGACGAGGACUGCUAUGGCAAUUAUGAUAAUCUCCUAAGCCAAUUUGGCUGCAUGCAAGUAUCAUCAUCAUCCUCCUCCCAUUCCCUGUCUGCAGUGGAUGCCAGCCUGCCCCAUAGGUCGGGCAGCAACAUAGAGCAGUACAUCCAUGAUUUGGACACUAAUUCUUUUGAACUGGACUUACAGUUUUCUGAAGAUGAGAAGAUAUUAUUAUUGGAGAAGCAAGCCAGUGGAAAUCCUUGGCACCAGUUUGUAGAAAAUAAUUUAAUACUAAAAAUGGGUCCAGUGGAUAAGCGAAAGGGUUUGUUUGCACGAAGACGACAGUUGUUGCUCACAGAAGGGCCACAUUUAUAUUAUGUUGAUCCUGUCAACAAGGUCCUGAAAGGUGAAAUUCCAUGGUCACAAGAACUCCGACCAGAAGCCAAGAAUUUUAAAACUUUCUUUGUCCACACGCCUAACAGGACAUACUACCUGAUGGAUCCAAGCGGGAAUGCUCACAAGUGGUGCAGAAAGAUCCAGGAGGUUUGGAGGCAGCGAUACCAGAGCCACCCGGACGCCGCUGUGCAGUGACACAGCCUGCGGCCGGGCUGCCCUUUGCUGCCUGGACACCUGCCCCAGUGCGGCUCGGCCGCCACCCAGGACGCUUCCAGACCACCUGCCAGCCAUCUCAAGGAGAACACAGACGGCGGAAACCUUGCAGCUUUUUUAUUUAAAAGAAGAGAAGAAAAAACAAUACCCAAUCACAAUCACACAAAGAACAAAACCAAUAACAAACAGGAAUUCAGGGUCACUUUGCUUGUUCUCUGUGCUCUGCGGAGGCUCCCAUGUGCUCUUGUGGUCAGAGAGACCCAGCCCAGUGCACAGCAGCCCAGCUCCCAACCAGACCAAUGGCCAGACUUGGUGUCAACAACUCCUCCUGACAUCUGUUGGAACCAUGCGCCUGCCUCCACCCCUCCCUACCUGCCUCCAUCUACUGCCCCUGCUUUGGCCAAAGGACCUGGUGUGUCAUCCCCUGUUGUCAUUGCCCCCCCUCCCACCCUAGGAGCCUCUGUGCACCUCUGCUGGGUCAGCCACCAACUCUGGGCAUAGACUUCUUAGCUUUGUGUGUGUGCUGCCUUCCUUCCCUCUGUCCCUACUGUAUGCCCCCCAUGUGCCUCCUGGAUUGGCUGUAGUGGCAGGAUAUCUAUGGUCCUUGCUGUCUGGCAGGCAAGCUGCUGAGGUGAGGAGUGGGUAGGCUGCAGAGGUGGCAUGUGAAGCAGGCUGCCACAGUUGGAAAGCAUCCUCACAGUGCUCAACUCCCAGGUCCCACCUCCUAGCAGUGUCCAUCAGUGGGACUAGAUGCCAAGCCAAACUGACAGGAGGGACACUGUCAGUUACAGGAGCCUAGUUCACACCUAGCUGGGUCUUUCCUAAGAACACAAAGGCCUCUCAUGUAUAAGGAUGAGGUCAGGAGAUACUGCAGAGGAACCAACCAGAGCAGCCUGGACUUACAGCUCCAUGUGGAGGAGCAAGGCAUUGGUCCUUGCUGAGAGUCUCUGAAAAGGUUUAAAUGUGUAGCUACCUGCCCAGUGAGGUGUGUACUGAGAGAGAAUCUUGGUGUCCACAGCCCUGGGGUGCUUUAGUCUCCUGUCUAGCCUCACAUGUCCCUUGUUUUUGCUGUGGCUGAACCCUUCUCACAGUUAGCUCAGUUUCUGUUGCUGUGUUGAACUAAAUACCUUCUCACAUUGACUAGUCACCUGGUCCCAUACGGUGGACUUUGCUUGGAAAAAAGUGUUGCUCACUAUUGCGUGGGACUCAAGAAUAACCCAUUAAAUCUGAGCCUGCCCAGUCUGGCAUCUUCUGCCAGUUUUAGGGCCACUUUCCUUUGAUGCUUUACUGGCAGUGCUCCACUCUGUAAUACAACCUAGGAUGUGUCAGUCCUUGGCUUCGCUUUAUUAUUCUCAGGAAGAGUGCUCUAGAGGGACCCAGUUGUGCCGCUUCCUGCCUAGGUUGUCCCUGGAAUGGCCCUUAGUCCCUCGUGGAGAGGAGCAGAUAUCUCCCUUUGCAGUCUACGCACAGAUAUGCCUCUGACUCCUAUGUCCCCAAGGCAGGAACAACUGUCAUUUCUGUAGAAUUUCACAAAGGCACCAGCAAAAGGCUCACACAGAAAAGAUCCGUGCACCUCCUGUCUCCAGCGACCGUUUGUCACCCAGUGUUCCAGGCCAGUUUCUUUCCCAAACUGUUUUAAUGAUAAAAAUGGCUCUUUUUAAGCUGGCGAGAGAUACAGAUGUGGGCCUGCUGUUGUACUGGGGCACAGACACUUGGUGGAAGCAGAGACUGCUCCUUAGGCUUUGCCAGCCAUUUUUGUGAGAGUGUUUAGCAUGUGUUAGGGCCCCACUUGUCCCUGACACACCCAGGGAGCAGGACCCAGGUCUGGCUCAUGGCCCUACAGCCAGGCCCCUUCUUUCCUAGGUUGUGGAGAGAUUUGCCCAUGUUAGGUGAGCCUCACCUGGCCAUUUCUUUCUUGGAAAGGCUCACUCCCCUUGUUGCUGUCUUGCCCUCCUCAAAAUUCCCCAUGUCUAUGUGUACAGGGGCAGCUCCCUGACUGUCCUCCACACACAGAUGCAGGGAAAGCAGUGCCCGAGGGCACCUGGCUACCAGGGAACAAGGGGACUGAGAUUUCACUUGAUAAGAGCACCAGGCUGACCCCAAGCAAGUGAGGUGAGUCUUCUGUUGCCUCUUCCCUCUGGAGAGUGCCACUACCUCUGGGGCUUCACCAACAAGCACUAACCUAACCUCCAGAGCCACAGAUGAAGGCUCAGAGCCAAAGGCCGAGAUGAUAACUGUCCCUGCCUGUGCUGUUAGCUGAGUCCUUCUUGGAUCAACUUUGUUUUCACUCACAGUCCCUCUUUGCUUUUUUUGGUACUGGGACUCGAACUCAGGACCUCACGCUUGUCAGGCAGGCGCUGUGCCUCUGAGCUAUAUUCCCAGCCCUUCCUUGCUUUUUGUUUAAGGCUCAUGCAGGAUUGUUUUCUUGUCCAGACUUACAUCAAGUUCAGUUUUUCCCAACCAUCCUUAGAGCCAUCACCUGGCAUGCAGGUGCCUUAGGUUCUAGGACAGAGACAUGGAUGAUAGUCUAGGUGCAUAGACAUACAUAGACGGAAAUCUAUCCAAAGUGGGGACAUGUCCAAGGUGAGAAAGAAGUGUCCUCUUAUUUAAUAGCUCUGGGAGUCAUGUGUCUUACUAAGAAAGGGCAAGGAUAAACAUAAAUGCCAUGACUACACUCCGUGUGGUCUUUCCUGGCAUAGAGGGGCAGGAGAUGUGGUCAUCAACAGCUCAGAGAGCUCACUGUGCCCUGCGUUUCCCUGAGGACACAAGGCUGAGUUCAGAUGGGUUGUUUCCACCCCUUUUCUGUGACCCCACCAAGGGCGGUGGGCAACCCCAUAUGGAGUUCUGAGCCUCUUCAUCCCAGAGAGUGGUUACUCAUCCUGAACCUGUAAAAAGUUUGAUUUGGGAAAGAUGCCUCAGGUCAGGCAAAAGCUGACAACAAUUUCACAUUAUUCCAGCUCUCCUGGGUCACCCUAUGGUAGUUGUGGUCUUUGCCUAAAGGGAUUGUGCAGACAGCCCCAUGGCAUAGACCCUCACAGUGACAGUUAAGGGGUUUCCAGGGAUUUUUGUACCUUCUUAAAUGUAACAUUGGUUUUCUGGGGGGUGGGGGGAAUCAGCUGUAGGCUUACUACCCAGGGAACACUAUGGGCAUUUUGGUCCAGAUCCCAUCACACCCCUCCACCCCAGCAUUUGUUUGGUUUUGUAACUAAACUGGGAACAUACACACCAUUUUGCAUUGAGCUUUUUAAUUUGCUAGUUCAUCCUAAGUAUUUUCCCAUGUCAUGAACAGUUCUUCAAAAGCAUGUUUUUAAUGAUUGUAGACUCUGAUGCGUGUAAAUUUUAUCACAAUUUAUCUGACCAUUUCCUGUUGUAAAACAUUUAGAUGGUUUCUGGUUUUUCACUAUAUAAACAGUGCUGGGAUGAAUAUCCUUAUUCCCCCUUAAAUGCCUGAAAGUGGCAUUUUUGGGUGAAAGAUUGUCCAUUUCACAGAUACUCUUCCCUCUUGGUCUGAUGGAUGCUCCAAGUUUGAGUAAUAGAACCUACUUCUUGGUGUCCUACAGAUGCUGAACAAAUCAGUUUCUACUAAGCUGUGUGUUACAAAGAAUGUUUGAAUAUGACCGGUCCUUUUUUUUUUUUUUUUUUUUUAAGUGCCACAGUGGUGUCAUUACUGCAGAUCCAUUUUUGGCAGAUUUUUGCAGGAGCCAGUUUCCCUAUAUUCAUUGCAAGAAUCUUAUCAUGAAUGCAUGUUAGUUCUCUUCCAUCCCUGCUGCUAGGGCUCCCAAGUGCUUGGUGAUGUUUUCAGAAUCUUGUACUUUGUGUCCACAAUGGUACUGAAUGCUUCUGCAUAGUCAGCAGAGAUAAGUGUUGAACUGACCUUGCCACAUGCUUAGUGGGUGAUUUGUAAUUAAGUUUAUAGAUUUAGAAAGUACAUUGGGCCAUUUGGGAUUGGUAGCAGAGCAAAGGCUCUCAAUGAAAAAGAAACCAUGUAAAUGAUUGGGUUUUACAAAAGGGUAUUUAUGUUUAUUCCCUUCCACUAUCAGAGGGUCUUUGUGGUUUGGGACAGCAGAGUGACCAGACCUUUUUUUACACAGUGUGGGUGACACAGCUGGCAUGGAUGUAGGGCUUUCUCCCUCCUUCUUAACCACAAUGCUUUAGGCUAGCUAGUGGUCUUUUAAGUCCAGAUCACCCAAAUUUGAUUAAUUCUGUAUCUCCAGCUUGUUUGGGGUCCAUUGAUUCUGAGGGGGAAAUAUAUAUGCGAGAUUUUAUGGAUGCCAUACUCAGUGCCACUUGAGUCUGCCAGAGCUUAUGGCUGAACUGUGUAGAAUUGGGCUGCCUGUCCUCUUCUGGUGCCCUUUCUCUGGGCCCUUGGCUGGUGCACAGACGCAGGGUGAUCAUUCCUAAAUCUUGAGUGGCUGCAGCUCUCAUGAGAGCAUGGUAAAGGUACUAUGUUUGAGAUGUCACUUUACAUCAUUUUCCAUUUUGUUUCAUUGCAAACUUAACAUGAACUGAUAGUGACUCAAGUAAGCCUGGCUCGUUCUUAGGCAGAACAUAUGGCAAGUGCCCUUGAAUCAGGGCUGGAGCCACUUCCAGAGCUUCUGAGGGCUGCUGGCUACUGGCCUAAGAGUGCAUAGUUGUAAAUCAGUCUGCCUGUGAAGAAUUGGUCUGGGGAGAAAGCUGUUUCCAGCAAAGAACAGUUUUAUCAUUGCUAAAGUGGUCAUGGUGGGCAAAUGAAUGAGCCAUGAGAAUACCUGAAUUUUCCCUGUAAGUCAUUUUUUCAAUAUGAAGAAACACCAAACUCUGUACAGAGAACUUCUUACAAAAGGCAAACCUAGGGCUGGGGAUGUAGCUCAGUGGCACAAGUGCUUGCCAGGCAAGUGCAAGGUCCUGAGUUUGAUUCCGGAUACAAAAAAAAAAAAAAGGCAAACCUUUUACUCCCAUGUAGCCCACUUUAAUCUGUCUGGCUGAAUGACUACAGGUAGGUUAUUGUGUAGGUGAAAGCCCCUAUUUUGACCAUAGUUUGGACGUUGACAAAUUAAAUAUUACAGUAUUUAGAACUGCUGCAGCUGUUCUUUAACCACAUAAAAUAGGACGAAUCAAUAGUGUGUUGCUGUUCUUCAGGUUGGUGGCAGUCAGAACAAGUGUAAUAUUCUCUACCUGGUCUGUAGCUGUACAGGCAAAGCAAAAAUAAAAAAAACUUAUGAAAACAGAUAAUGCAAUGAUACUAGGAUAUACACUUUUGUAUUUUUAUUCUUAUAUAAGGUUAUUUGCUGGCUAUUGUUGGCCUCUAGUUCAGUCUGUGUUAUUUAAAUUCUAAUAUAUGAAUUAUUUGGAUUGAAUUCAUGUUCGGGGCCACGCUGUUGUAUGUAUUGAUGUACAGCCUUGAAUGUGAAUAAUUAUUGUAAACUAUAUUUUACAACUUUUUUUCUGGCUUUAUUAUAUAAAUUUUCUAUUUGGUCAUGGUUUAAUCAUAAUUUAAUGAAUAUGUUUAUUCUCUUUUUCAAAUAUCUGUGCUUUAGAUGUAGUUACCGAAUGAUGAAUUUCACUCGUAUGCUCGGUAAUCUUGUAAUAAAAGCAUGUAGUGUGUUA